AGGAAGGGGCGCGCGCGCGGGCACGGGCACGGGGCGCCGGGCACGGCGCGGCCCUGUUGCCCACCGCGCGCGGGGGGCAAUGGCGGCACGGGCGUCCUGGCGCGCGCGGCUGCUCGCGGCCGCCGCCGCCUCCGCGGCCUCCCCGGAGUGCGACUUCAUCGCCGGGAAGGCGGGCAGCAACGCGUGCCCGGGCGGGGCAAUCAUGGCCACGCUCUCGGAGUGCCACGGUGAGGGUGCGGCUGGGCGGGGCGCUGGCCCAGUGUCCGUGGACUCGGCCAGCGAGCCGGCUGGGUGCUUUGUGUACGGAGGCGUGCACUACUACAACGCGAACCCGAAGGGCGCCCCCGCCGAAGGCAGCGCGCCCUUCUGCAAGAGGUGCCCGGCCUCCGGGGAGGCCCAGCCCGCCGCGGGCGCGGCGGGCGGGAACCGCUCCAGGGGGCCCGCCGCGCAGUUCGAGGAGAGCUUCAACACCUACACAUGCGGCGCGGACUGCGCCCUCUGGCCGGGUCAGCUCAAUACGGCCGAGUUCAGGUGCUUCAACGGCAAGUGCCUCCCCAUCUCGUCCUACUGCGACGGCAGGAGAGACUGUGCGGACGGGUCGGACGAGAUGCACUGCCCCAGCGAGGGCGGCGGGGCUCCGGCAAAAGAGGGCAGCCGCCUGGACGCCACCUUCGGCACCGCCAAGUCGUCGACGCCCCCCCCGGGCGAGGGCGAGACGAGCACAGCGCCCGCCGAGCCCUACGAUUGCCACGCCGACUUCGCCGACUGGGAGACGGGGUGGACGGAGCCGAGGAAGGAGUGGUGCUGCAAGAACUACGGCGGCCCGUGCGCGGCCUCGGCACCCCAGGGGGAGGUCCAGAUCUACGACUGCGCGCUGGACCUCGAGACGUGGGAGCAGAGCUGGGACCCCGAGAAGAAGGAGUGGUGCUGCAGCAGCGAGCACGUGGGGUGCGAGCCGUACGAGUGCGGCGAGAACGAGGACCCCGCCGGCCUGGACGCAGCCGAGAUCGCGUGGUGCUGCCUGCACCUGUCGAAGCACUGCCCCGAGCUGAGCGAGGGGGAGGGGGGGUCGGAGGAGCCCUACGACUGUGCGAUCGGCGUGCUGACGUGGCGCAGCUCCUGGGACGAUCAGAAGCAGGAGUGGUGCUGCGAGCACCACCACCUUGGCUGCGGGAAGAGCGGGGUGGCGAACCUGUCGCUCACAGGUCAGCAGCCGGCGGCAACCAGUGAGCAGCGCGCCCCAACGACGACGGCUUCGCGGACGCGCUCCUCGGAGCCCCCGACCUCUUCGCGGAGCUCGACGAGUGCGACCACGCGGACGACUUCGGCAGCGCUCUCGUCUACCUUUACGAUGGGUGCCUCGCAAACGGAUGUUUCGGAGAGCAGCAACACCACGCGAGCGAGUAGCACAUCGAGCACCACCGCGACGGUCACCAGUGCGUCGGCAAGGAGCGCAAGGCACCCGACGACCACAAGCACACAGAAGGCCGAAGAGAAGUCGCGACGCCCUGCCCAACAUCCUACGUCGAAGAACAAAACAUCAGCGACAGCUUUUAAGACCACCGCCAGGCCAUCACAGACGAGUGCCCAAAAUAGCAGCAUCUCUACACACGCAGGUAGCACAGCGGGCCCAACCUCGACCGGCCCCAGAGCGUCGACGGGGAAUGCAAGCGUUGCGACGACAACUCGCACAAAGAAGGCUGAAGAAAAGUCGUCAAAGUCGGCCAAACAGCCUGCUACGAGGAGCACAACAUCAGUGACACAUUCUAGAACGAGUCUGGUGACAUCUUCGUCCAGCUCCGUCACAGAGUCCACCGUGACCCGAACUGGCACCACAGCGAGCACUACCACCACGGACACAAACACGACAGUAAGCAUCAUUUCCACCACUGCAUCGCCGACAAGCGAAACGAGCAGUCAGACAACAAUCAGUACCCAGACAGCGGUUGCGACGGCAACAAGUACGAGACACACACGGCCGCCGCCGGCAUCGAUGGCGGACGCGACUGGUCUGGGCGCCGACAUCAGCAAGGCCGAAGCAGUCUCUGCAGCUAACAAAACGUCAACAACGAAAGCGACUACGACCACGGGGGCACCGACGUCCACGAGAGCGACCACGUCCACGACCUUUCAGCCGACGUCCACGCAGAGUACCUCCGGCUCCACCGAGCCCGCGUGCUCCAAGAUUAACUCGGCCUACCUCCCGUUGGACAUGGUGGGCCAUCCCCUCAAGCGCGUGGCCAACGAGCGAGAGUGCCAGCAGAGGUGCGCCAGGGUGGACGGCUGCGCGCACUACUCCUACUGGAGACCGGCCCGCCACUGCCACCUCCAGGGCGCCCGCUCCAGGCGCUUCGGCGACGCGCUCUUCUCCUCCGGGCCACCCGAGUGCCCAGCGCCUCGGGAUUUGGUGGGAAAGGCCAGCGUCGGAGCGGCUGGCGGGGCCGACUCCCCGCUGCUGCGGGGCAGCCCGCGGGCGACAGCAGGCGGCGCCGCGGCCAGCGCGCUGGCAGCCCUGUCGCUGGCGUGCGUGGCGGGGGUGGCCCUGCGCGGGGCGCGCGGCCGCGCCCUCUCCUCGGGGCAGGGGGGCCAGGAGCUGCUGCUGGCGGACGGCGUGGGCGUGCGGAGCGGAAGGGCCUCUCCAGGGCCGGGGGACAGGGCGGCCCGCUGGGCUGGCGACCUCUCCGUGGAUCGGGCCUACGGCGAGCUGCCCCUGGUGGCCCCCGAGGAGCACAGGGUGACCUAGCGCACCCGGGCAGCCGGCAAUUGUUUUGUCAAAGAUGUAUAAUAUAAGUUGGGAUGACGCCGCGCGCCGGACAGCGGCUUGCCGCGCCGGGCCCGUCCGGGCCCUUGCCUCCCUAGCUCCCCGCCUCAUCCGCCAGACCUCUGGGCGCCCUGGGGGAACAAGCCGCGACCACGGGCGUGGUUUCCGUGUGGUGAUUUCGGCGCCGGGAGAGGCUGCCGUUCCCGCCCCGCCCCCCCGGGUUCGUUGGGGCAAUGUAUGGUUGGCGUCCUCUACCGUCUCAGCUCUGCUAACGUGCACGGAAUGGCAGCAGCAGCAGCAGGCGUGGAGCGGGCCCCUCCAUAGGAGGCUCCCGGCCCUUCCGCUGCUGUUGCGCCCGCCCUGGGCCCAAUUCGCGCGAGCGGGCAAGCCCAACUCGCAGGAGCAGGCGUCUGCUCUUCCGACCCCCCCCCCUCCUCACCCUUCCCUUCCCACACCACCCCUACCCCUACACGUGGAUCUUCCUCGCCCUCGUCCUCGUCCUCGCGCGGCGCGAGCUCUUUUGUGAUCAUCGCGCCGCUCACUUCUCCGAAUUCGACGGGUCGAGGGCAGGCUGGCCAAGAAUGACAGCCUCUUUCAGACAGCCUUAAGGGCUCCAGCGCUGCAUGCUGCACGAUAGAAUGGUAGGGUCGCCCACGGCGUUCGCAAUGGACCACGCGCGACUCGAGCGUGUCUUCGUUAUUGCCACGAUCAUUUGCAGCACCACCCGUCGU